AUGUUCUCCAAGACUUUCAUCGCUACCCUCCUCGCCGGCUCUGCUGCUGCAACUCCCAUUAUCUCGGCACGUGCUGACAGCAAUGCUUUCGGCCUCAUCUCCAUCAGAUCUGGUACCGAUCUUCAAAACCAAGCCAUCACCGCUUCCGGAGGUCGUCUCUGGAUCGGAAAGGACACUUCCUCAUACUGCCCUGAUACCGUCGUCACCAGCUGCCCUGACGGUACUUCUACAACCUUCGUCUCUGGUGGAAACACUCUCGGUUUGAACACUGAAGUUCCAGGAGGCCAACAAGUUUACCGCGCAACCGAUUAUUCCGUAUCCUUCACCCAAGCUCACUCCGCUGACAUCCACGGUGGAGUCGCCUCUGGAUGGAAUUACACCGCUGGAGAGAACGGUUCCCUCGGGUCUUUGUCUUUCCCUGACUACGGAUUCAUUGCUUGCGCUGGCGAUGUUGCUGGCGUCUACGGCGUCUUCCUUACCCCUGGUGGAUCUGGCACUGGAAACUGCACCAGCAUCGCUGUCGCUACUGUCCCAUACACCGGCGAAGGCCCCUCCGCUUGGGAGUACGCUUAG